AUGGCGGCAAAUGACCUUGAACCAGGGAUGGUCGAAGCGGUCGCUGGAGAGGACAGGGUCCGAUUCAACAUCAGAGAGGGCGGUUUCUCUAUCUUCGACCACCCUUUGGCCAAGAUGGACGACCUUUCCCAUCAGUUUGUCACCACAGUUCUAGUGGAAUUCGAAUGGUUUUUUGAGACAUCCUUCGGAUUCCACAUGUUCGUUGACAAGGCCAGGCCUUUCUUUCCUCGUCAAGAAACAGGCAAACUUAUUCUCAUGAUGGAGCUGGCAAUGUUCAGUAACACGGCACUAGCCUUGAAAGAGCCAUGGCUAGUAAAAAGAUGCGACAUGCCACAUGGAUGGAGCCAAGGAAUGACCAAAACCCUUAUGGUUUGGAUGGAGGCUGUCGAAGUGCUCCAACAGAUUUCAAACAGCCUUCAUAUCAAGAUGAUCCUACAUCAACCUUAUCGGGAUUUUGGCAUGCUUCGUGUAGCCACCCAGACACUUCGAAGCACGAACGUCACCUUGGGGCUGGAGCUCAUCGAAGAGAAUUGGGAGAAGAGUGAAAAUGCAGAGUUUUACAAAGCAAUGGCUGCAUUCGCCAUUACUGGUAUGGAAAUGGACGAUGUCCACGAGCAACGUCGACAGCAGAUGACAAAUGAUCAGCUAACCUGGCAUAUCGAUCGUGGAUGCAGAGGCAUCAGAUAUUUGGCUAUUUUGAUUCCGAAGCCGGACAACCGCGAAGCCGAAACAGGGCUUGAAGGGUAA